AUGCCUGAUUCAAAUACCAACACUUUAAAAGUAGGGAUUGUGAGCACACUGGGUAAAUACCUGACUUCAGAGUAUUAUGCAAACUGUGUCACUGCUGCUGGAUGUGAGAUGAGAACAAACCAGAUAUGGGAUGUGGAGAUUCAGUCUUUCAGAGGAAGCCAGGUAGUGGUGGCGCUCAAAGGCUCUCGUGGGUUGAGACUUGUGGUUGAUUUAGAUGGAUCGGUAAGCUGUGGUGCUUCGUGUACAGAACCUCAAAACCUGUUUCUGUUGACAUUCCAACCUAAUGGGAAAUGGAGCUUUAAAUCCUUAGCUACUGGCACUCACUUAGAGGCUGAUGGGGAAGAUGUCAUCUGUGUCUCUGAAAACGUUAGAGAUGAGCACCUCUGGACCCCCUGCAUAGCCAUCCAUUCCCAUGUGGUUUUCUUCAAUAUUAGGAGCCAUCUUUAUUUGCAGGCUGAUCCAGAAGAAGACCAAGUUUGGGCAGGCGCCACUUACCCUUUUAAUGAACGCUGUGGUUUUGUCAUGUUGUUUGACAAAGACAAAGGGAAGUACCAUCUGAGAACAAGUGAUGGUUUAUAUGUGUCUUCAGUAAAAAAGCUGGUUAGCAAGCCCAGUGAAAAGACAGCUUUAACUUUUCAUCUAAGACCAGGGUACCUGGCUUCUUUUUUUGAUGAUUGUGGAAGUCGCUUGUUCCCUCAUGGGAGAAGUGGAGCUUUAUUACCAGGAAAUAUCCACAUUAAUAAAGAUGAGUGGUUUGUGAUCAAGAGAAACCCUUGUUUAAUCACAUUGAAGGCUCUGAAUAAGAACUAUGCAACAGUUACCUGUGGUGUUGAGGUGUAUGCCAAUAGAAAUAAACCUGACAGUCACUCAUUAUUUGAGUUGGAGGUAAACCCCAGGACAGAGCUGGUAAAGAUUCAGACUCCUAAAGGCAGAUACCUUACCCUGAGAGGGAGUAACAGUGUGAUAGCAGAUGGAGAUGGGGAUGAGAGCAAUUCCUUGUUUGAAGUGGAGUGGCGAUACGGUAAAGUGUGCUUCCAAGCAUCCAAUGGAAUGUACCUUACAGUUAAACCAAUUGGACUUAUCACAGCCAGUUCUCCUGAAGUCGGGCCAAAUGAACAGUUUGUGGUACAGCUGGCAAAUCGGCCCUUCUUGAUGAUGCGUGGUAAAUACGGCUAUGUUGGUAAAUCUAUCCACCAUGCUGUUUUGCAGUGCAACUUGCCAGAGCCUGAACAGAUCAGUCUGAUUCCCUGCAAGCAUGGAUUCUACCACUUUAAAGGGUCAAAUGGUAAUUUCUGGACAAUGACAGAAAACGAUACAUUCAAAGCUGAUGGGAAUGUCGUUCUGAAUUUCUGCAUUGAAAUCCGGGGCAUCAAUCUGCUAGCAAUCUUGGCUCCCAAUGGCUGCUAUCUACGGGGGGAAAACAGUGGAGUUCUCAGUGCCACUGGACAAACAAUCGAUGAGGACUGUCUUUGGGAAUUUUAA